CAGGGGAUCCCUCCAUCGGAUUGAGGUUGCAGUUAAGAGGCACCCUCCAAUUUGAAAACAAACACACCUUUCACAUCUCCAGGAAAAUUGUUUUUAUUUUUCAUUAUUAUUCAGAAGCACAGCAGAGGCCCAGCAAGCACCGCUCAGCAACCCACCUAUUAAACGUUAGCCUAAUCCCAGGACAAUUUACAAUGACCAAUUAACCUACUAACCGGUAGGGCUAUUGACUGUGGGGGGAGAGCGGAACACCUGCCAAUUCCGAAAAGCCCCGAACUGUAAUAGCUUUGCGCUAUCCCGUGGAGUUAGAUAAGUUCCUGUAGCUGUUACAUUCAAAAGAACUGCCUAUCGCGCUUUUAUUUGGGGAAAAAAAUUGAAGUAUUGCGUUUGAACAAAUCUACCUUCGUUUCUUUCCGCGGCUUGGGGAAUUUUGUCUUUUCCUUUACUAAUUAUACAUAUAUUUGUUGCUUUGUGAUACAAAUUUAGCCUUCGCACUUUUGACCCUCCCUACUUCACCCUCCGUUUCUAAAAAUAUACAUCCACAUCUCCAACAGGCACCGUUACUGAGCUGAUGAAAACACUACGGGGACAUAAUUGAAAGGACACCAACAAUUCCGGCAGUAACCAUGGCAACUGCUAUCUGUAUGUGGUGGGGGGGAGCACGGGAGGAGGCAAUGCACGUUGAAAUGCGUGCAACGAUCUGGAGAGUUUGUGGAGAAGGUGUCACCCGAGGCUGGCGGGCACACGCACAAAAAAUCCCUCUUUAAACACAACUCCCGUGGGUGAAUCCUAACUUUGCAAUAAUUAAAAUCAGAAAGGCCUUAGCGAAGAAUGAAACAAACACUGAGCAUGAACCCCGGAUGUGGAAAUGCCAAACCGAGCUGUAGAUGGUGGGAGGAAUUAAUUGCUUGUUUCUAGCCUUUCAGCUAAGUGUCACAGAUUGGAAGCAUUAGCAAGCAGAAGGGGGAAAGUGGCGGUGUCAGUGCGUGAAGAUGAUAAUUUAUUUGCAUUUAGUGGCAAUGGCAUCAGGCAGCUCCAGAUAAUUAGAUGCUUCUGGGGAAUCCGAGGGAAAUGUUUAACCUGACGAAGGCACUUUCCAACCGGCAUCUCUCACCGUGGAGAUCUCUGAGGGAGCGCUUAUUUAUUGACCCGCUGGCAUAAUUAACGUUAGCGAGAGCCUGAUAUCUUUUAUUAUUAUCGAGGCUGAAUCCCCCAUUGAAGGGAUUUAAGAAUUGGACGUGAUUAAGUGCGGACUGGGUUCAGGUGUUGGGGUGAGCCGACUGAAUCUAUCUCAGGAUAACUCCUGAGUUGUGGAGAAAUUUUGUCACGGUUUUGGCGUUUGAGGUUGUUGGGUUUGGUUCGGCUAACCACCCUCCCCCACACGCUUCACCCGGGUUUGCACAGUCCUCCUUUCUCCACCAUGCACGGUUUUAAAGACAAGGUUUAGUGUUCAGUUUGAGUGCUGGGCGGUUUCUUUUCACUUGUGGUCAAGACUUGGAAGAUUCCACGGGCGAAAGAGAAAUGUCUGAAAAAAGUGAAUCUUUACCGAAGAGAAAAUCCAAAUACGUCAAAACACAGCCGUUGUACCAGAAUUAUUGGUUCCGGUCCGUGCACAGAGCCCCUGCGAAGCCAGCGCCUGACCCUUCUGUCGUGGAUGCAACUCUGUCCCUCGCUGGCUUGGUUGCAUCCUCCAUUGUGAAUACCUCCUCCGAGCUUUCUCCCAAAGACUCCAGCUUCUUGUUCUGGCAUCAGGUCCCAGAGGUGAAGAACAGUGGCUUGUUGGACGUACUUACAGCCCAGGAGCAGAAGCUGCAGGAGGCGAUGUUUGAAGUUAUCACAUCAGAGGCUUCUUACCUGCGCAGUUUGACGGUGGCUGUCAAUCAUUUCAGUAAGUGUCCAGAGCUGUUGAACGUACUAACUCCCACAGAGAGGCACACGCUGUUCUCCAACAUGCCGGAAGUGAAAGAAGCAAGUGAGAGGUUUCUGCUGGACCUGGAGGAACGUCUGGAGGAGAACGUCUUUGUCAGAGACAUCAGUGACAUCGUGCUGCAGCACUGCAUUGAUUUUCGCAGGGUCUAUGUCCCGUAUGUCACCAAUCAGAUGUACCAGGAGAAGAUGCUACAGCAGCUCAUGCUGAAUGACGGAUUUGUACAGGUCCUGAAGAAGCUGGAAGUUCAACCUCUGUGCCAGCGGCAGCCUUUGAAGUCCUUCCUCAUCUUGCCAUUCCAACGCAUCACAAGACUGAAGAUCAUGCUGGCGAAUAUCUUGGUGUUGACCUCACCAGAAUGUCCGAUGUUGGGAUCAGUCAGGAAAGCUGUGGAAGCGAUUGAGGAGAUCGUGCGUACAUGUAACGAGAAUGUAAAGAUGAUGCGGCAAAUUGAGGAGCUGGUCUCUCUGGAGAAGAGGUUGGAAUUUAUUAGCACCAAGGCCCUUCCUUUAAUCUCCCAAACACGAUUCCUGGUCAAAGAAGGGGAGCUGAGUGAACUAUCUGCCCCUGAAUAUAGACACAAACUGGGAAAUGCACCUAAACCAAUUUACCUUCAUCUAUUUAACGACUUGCUGUUGCUGUCUCGGAAAGAAGAAGAUAGGUUUUCUGUCGUGGACUAUGCCAGGACCUCCAGGCUGGGAGCCCACUGCCUUGACGCAACCCCAGUAGUUUUUAAGCUGUGCCUGUGUGAGAAUCAUAAAGGGGCCACCAGGAAUUUAAUCUUGGGAGCAGGAAAUGCAUCUGAGGCCCGGGAGUGGGUGGCAGCCAUUUCUGCUCAAGGAAUUGGAAGUGAAUCACAAAACAAGAGGAUGCUGGAAAAUGCCGAACACUAACCUGCCCUCGGUGUUCGAAGGAUUGAAGUGGACUCGGUGUCUGAUCUGCCUGUUCCCCGUCCACCCGUCAGUUGUGCUGCUUGCUGUUGAACAGUGAUUGCAAUGCUGAGGGAGAUUGAUUGGUUUGAACCCCAUCUAACUCCCCUGCACGUUAUGAAGCUGUAAUAUGCCACAAAACUAAUGUCUAACAUGCAAAGGUUAAAGGGCAAAUUGGACAACAAGCUGGACAUCGGCCUUCUCCAGUGCCAGCUCGUCUGCCUCCAGCGGUUUGUAGGUCUUGAUGCACUGAACUUGUGGGGAGUCUGCAUGGGAAGUAAAAUGACAGCUGCUUGUCAGGCC